AUUGAUACACCGCGCGCUGUGGCGGAGUAGCAUUUGUCUUCGCGGCAACUAGAAGGCAGGGAGGACAUUGCAUGAUUUUAGCAUAUAGCGUAGACUAAAACAUAGAAUAACAAAGAUGUCAGUCGGAAUGGAGAAGCGCAUUGAAUUGGAAAUGCGAGGAAGAGAUGCCAGCAAGAUCAAAGAAUUAAACCUUGAUAACUGUCGGGCUUCAGAAUUUGAAGGGUUAACCAGUGAUUUUUGCAGUUUAGAAUCCCUCAGUUUAAUCAACAUUGGGUUACAGUCACUUAAUGGUUUCCCCAAAUUACCAGCCCUCAGAAAACUUGAAUUAAGUGAUAACAGAAUUUCAACAGGUUUAAAGGCAUUACAAGGCUGUCCCAAAUUAGAAGCUCUCAGUCUGAGUGGAAACAAGAUAAAAGAUAUUGAUGCACUGGAACCAUUAAAAGAAUUAAAAAAUUUAAAGAGUCUUGAUCUGUUCAACUGUGAAGUGACAAAUGUUGAUGAUUAUCGUGAACAAGUAUUUAAAAUCCUUUCCCAAAUCACAUAUUUAGAUGGUUUUGAUGUAGAUGAUAAAGAAUGUGAAGAUUAUGAUGAGGAAGAUGUUGAAGAAGUUGAUGGUGAGGGAGAUGAUGAUGAUGAGGAAGACGAAGAUGAAGAUGAAGAUGGUGAUGAUGAUGAAGUUGAUGAGGAAGAUGAUGAUGAAGAGGUCGGUCUUGACUACUUGACAAAGGACAAUAUUGAUGAUGAUGAGGAAGAUGAAGAAGACUUUGAACCAGGUAGUGGAGGUUUAGAUGAUGAGGAUGAAGAUGGUGAGGUUGAGGCAGAAGAUGGAGAAGAUGAUGACGAUGAAGAUGAUGAAGAUGGUGAACCUGAAGUUCGUGGACAGAAACGAAAACUGGAAGAAGAGGAUGGAGAAGCGUAACCAUUGCCCAAGGCAGAAUUUUAACUAUAUGUAAAAAAAAGACUUGUAUUAUUAAGUGUGUGGGUUCUUCUGGGGCUAUAAGAACCAAACUGGACCAAGUGUGUGAACAUUGGUGCUUGAGUGGCCAUGCUACAUUUACUACCAUCUGAAUUCUCAGUUCUAGACUGUAUAAGUUUGAUCCAGUGAAUUUCCAUCAAAUGUGUACCGGCAACUGUUAUAUUUUGUUAAUUUUUUUUUUUUUGUUUAUUGCUGGAGUCCCUCUUCGUGGUUGAGAAUCCAUUAAACUCAAUUUAUUUGUGCUUAUAAUUUUAGAAAAUAUGCCAGUUGAUUUGUACAGUGUUUUUUGUAGAAAUGUGUGUAUAUAUAUAUAUACGUAUAUAUAUAUAACGUCUCUAAUGUUUGCCUUAUGUAUGCAGACUAUUGUUUAUAGACUUCAGUUGUUUAUUUUUUUUAGGGUUUAAAUAACUAUCCGAGAAUGAAGCAUGGCUACUUGUUAUCACAUCCACGUUAAUUUGGUCCCUGUCCAAUCAUAGCUGCCUGUAUCGAAAACCGAUUUUUGGGGGAGCUGUUCCAAACGCUGGUAUUACUAUUACGUUGUACAUAAUUUUUCUGUUGAAAAGAUUUAACAUUAGCCUACAUAUUGGAAACAUCUUGACUUGUUUCACUCCAUAAGAUCGUUUUCCUCUCUCAAACCUUUGUGUAUGUACACCUCUCAUUAUAAAUUGAGCUAGAUUGUCAAUUAGUGAGUAUCUUAGAUACAAGACAUAAUUUUAACUAGUUUUAAUUUGAUCCGUUUCCAAAACUCCUUUGUUAUUAAAUUGAAAUUGUUAACUACUGUUCUGUCAACAAAUUAAAAGUAUGCAUCAUGAUUGAUCAUCAUUUUCAUUAAUACAUUAUCUUUAUUGGACAUGGCACAAAUCCUCUAAUCACCACAUCGUCAUUCACAUCAUUUCAUAUCAUUUGUACAGGAUUUUUCACGAGGCUUGUUGAUCCAUAUUGCUGAAAUAUUGAGAAUCACCGAAGUUGUAUAGGCUAUAUCAUUUCUUGGACAUGGAUUUGUGCCACAGUCCUCAUUGUUAAAUGUGUAUUGAUCAAUCUUUGUAUGUGCUUGUUGCAAUAAAUUUUUAUAGAAACACUGUA